AAUCACAAUGGCAGAAACGUCGGGGUCACUGCUGGCUGGGCCCGCCCCUUGCAGGCGCCCUGCAGCCUGGGACACUUGCCUGACAUUGUCUUCCAUCGCGGCUCCAGUGCGGUCACCCGGUUCCUCAUCUCCUCGCUGUGUACAAUGGCAACACUUAAGGAAAAACUGAUUGCACCUGUUGCAGAGGAGGAUGCGUCAAUCCCCAACAAUAAGAUCACUGUUGUGGGUGUUGGGCAAGUUGGAAUGGCAUGCGCCAUCAGCAUUUUGGGAAAGUCUCUGGCAGAUGAACUGGCCCUGGUGGAUGUAUUGGAGGAUAAACUCAAGGGAGAAAUGAUGGAUCUGCAACAUGGGAGCCUGUUUCUUCAGACUGCUAAGAUCGUGGCUGACAAAGAUUACUCUGUGACUGCCAAUUCUAAAAUUGUGGUGGUAACUGCCGGAGUUCGACAGCAGGAGGGUGAGAGCCGACUCAACCUGGUACAGAGGAAUGUCAAUGUCUUCAAGUUCAUUAUCCCUCAGAUUGUCAAGUACAGCCCUGAUUGCAUCAUCAUUGUGGUCUCCAACCCAGUGGAUAUUCUCACAUAUGUUACCUGGAAACUAAGUGGAUUGCCCAAGCACCGUGUGAUUGGAAGUGGUUGUAAUCUGGAUUCUGCUAGAUUUCGCUAUCUUAUGGCUGAAAAGCUUGGCAUUCAUCCCAGCAGCUGCCAUGGAUGGAUUCUGGGGGAACACGGCGACUCGAGUGUGGCCGUAUGGAGUGGAGUGAAUGUUGCAGGUGUGUCUCUUCAGGAACUGAACCCAGAAAUGGGCACAGACCAUGACAGUGAAAAUUGGAAGGAAGUGCAUAAGAUGGUGGUUGAAAGCGCCUAUGAGGUCAUCAAGCUAAAAGGAUACACCAACUGGGCAAUUGGAUUAAGUGUGGCUGAUCUUAUUGAAAGCAUGUUCAAAAAUCUCUCCAGGAUUCACCCAGUGUCAACAAUGGUGAAGGGAAUGUAUGGAAUUGAGAAUGAAGUCUUCCUGAGCCUUCCAUGUAUCCUCAAUGCACGUGGAUUGACCAGUGUUAUCAACCAGAAACUGAAAGAUGAUGAGGUUGCUCAACUCAAGAAAAGUGCUGACACCCUGUGGAACAUUCAAAAGGACCUCAAAGACCUGUGACUGCUAACUCCCAGGCUGUAGGAAUGUACAGGCAACAACAUGAUUGAGUAGGAGCCUUUAGUUUCCAUCCAUGUACAUGGAUCACAGUCUGCUUUUAUCGUCCUAAAUAAAAUGUGAAAAGGGGCCACUCUAAAAUCAAAGCCCACACUGGCUUAAUGCUUGCAAUAUGAGCCUUGAACAAAUAAAUUAACGAUCGUAGUAAA